UUAAAGAAAGCGCAGACGAUUAGGGUUCCAUACCCCAUCUCUUCGCAGCGAUUUCAAUCUCCCCUUAUUCGAUCGUUAUUUAAGGAGUUUCUGAGUCGUUUGCUGUUGGAUUGAGACAAUGGCGUCGAGAUUUUGGACUCAGGGUGAUAGUGACACUGAGGAGGAGGAGAGUGACUACGAUGAGCAGGAAGACAAUGUCGCUGUGGAAACAACCACAGCGACAGCUGCUAGCAGAUAUUACUCUGGCAAUGCUAGUGAUAGUGAUGAUUCUGAUGGGCAAAAGCGUGUUGUUCGCCGUGUCAAAGACAAGAGGUUUGAUGAGUUGUCUGCUACUGUUGAUCAGAUGAAAAAUGCCAUGAAAAUUAAUGACUGGGUGAGUCUCCAAGAAAGCUUUGAGAAGAUUAAUAAGCAAUUGGGCAAGGUCAUGAGGGUGACUGAGUCCGAUAAGCCACCAAAUCUGUACAUUAAGGCUCUCGUGAUGCUGGAGGACUUCUUGAACCAGGCCUUGGCCAAUAAGGAGGCGAAGAAGAAAAUGAGUAGUAGUAAUGCCAAGGCCUUGAAUUCAAUGAAGCAGAAGUUGAAGAAGAACAAUAAGCUCUAUGAGGAUAUGAUCACUCAGUGUAGGGAGAAGCCUGAACUUUUUGAAGAAAAAGUUGAUGAGCAAGAAUCCGAGGAUCCGGAAAGUGACACUGCUACGGAUCCGGAAAGUCUGGAAUCAGAGGAGAGUGACGAUGAAGAGGAAACUGGAAAUGAUGCAGAGACUGGUUCUGGAUGGGAGAAGAUGUUGAGCAAGAAAGAUAAAAUGAUGGAUAAGCAGUUCAAAGAUCCUAGCCAAAUUACUUGGGACACAGUGAACAAGAAGUUUAAGGAGAUUGUUGCUGCCAGGGGUAAGAAGGGUACUGGGAAAAUGGAGUUAGUUGAGCAGCUCACUUUCUUGACUAGGGUUGCCAAGACCCCUGCUCAGAAGCUUGAGAUAUUAUUCAGUGUUGUCUCUGCACAGUUUGAUGUCAAUCCUAGUCUGAGUGGUCACAUGCCCAUCAAUGUGUGGAAACAGUGUGUGCAGAAUAUGCUUGCAAUACUGGAUAUUUUAACGCAGUACUCUAACAUUGUGGUAGAUGAUAUGGUAGAACCUGAUGAGAACGAAACCCAAAAGGGAGCUGACUUCAGUGGUACAAUAAGGAUCUGGGGUAAUUUGGUAGCUUUCCUGGAAAAGGUGGACGUUGAAUACUUUAAGAGCCUUCAGGUUAUCGAUCCACACACACGUGAGUAUGUUGAGAGACUCAAGGAUGAGCCUGUGUUUUUAGUCUUAGCUCAAAAUGUGCAGGAGUAUUUGGAAAAGGUUGGGGAUACCAAGGGUGCAUCAAAGGUGGCUCUUAAACGAGUUGAGCUUGUUUAUUAUAAACCUCAGGAGGUUUAUGAUGCUAUGAGGAAAUUGGCUGAGCUGGACAGUGGAGAAGCCGAGUCCGGAGAUGAAAAAGUUCAGGAAAUUAGGGGACCGACAGCUUUUGUUGCAACUCCUGAGCUGGUUCCUCGUAAGCCUACUUUUCCGGAGAAUAGCCGUGCCCUGAUAGACAUACUUGUUUCACUUAUUUACAAGUAUGGUGAAGAACGGACCAAGGCACGUGCUAUGCUCUGUGAUAUAUAUCAUCACGCCAUAUUCGAUGAAUUCUCAACAUCGCGUGACUUGAUGCUUAUGAGUCACCUUCAAGAUAAUGUCCAGCACAUGGAUAUAUCCACACAAAUACUUUUCAACAGAGCCAUGUCACAGCUUGGUUUAUGUGCCUUCAGGGCGGGUCUUGUUCUUGAGGCCCACAGUUGCCUCUCAGAACUGUAUUCUGCUGGCAGGGUGAAGGAAUUGUUAGCACAGGGGGUUUCUCAGAGCAGAUAUCACGAGAAGACUCCGGAGCAGGAGCGGCUGGAGAGAAGGCGCCAGAUGCCUUACCACAUGCAUAUAAAUCUCGAGUUUCUUGAAGCUGUACAUCUGAUUUGUGCAAUGUUACUGGAGGUCCCCAACAUGGCAGCCAAUGUGCAUGAUGCCAAACGUAAGGUCAUAAGCAAGAAUUUCAGGAGGUUACUUGAGAUGAGUGAGCGACAAACCUUCACGGGCCCGCCUGAAAAUGUCAGGGACCAUGUAAUGGCUGCUACUCGGGCUCUCAGGCAAGGAGAUUUUGACAAGGCAUUUACUGUAAUCAAAUCCCUCGACGUGUGGAGAUUGCUGCGCAACAAAGAUUCGGUUCUUGAGAUGCUCAAGGCUAAGAUCAAGGAAGAGGCGCUGAGGACCUACCUCUUCACAUACUCCUCGGCUUAUGAUUCCCUAAGUCUGGACCACUUGUCUAAGAUGUUUGAUCUUUCGGAUGCAGAGACGCGUAGCAUUGUUAGCAAGAUGAUGAUCAAUGAGGAGCUACACGCCAGUUGGGACCAGCCAACAGGGUGCAUUGUCUUCCAUGAUGUCGAGCACACUAGAUUGCAAGCUCUUGCUUUCCACUUGACAGAGAAGCUUACUGUGCUUGCAGAAACUAAUGAGAGGGCCAUGGAGGCCCGCUUUGGUGGUGGCGGGAUGGAGGGUCUUCCUCUUAGGAGGAAAGAUGGUCAAGAUUAUGCUGGAGCAGCAGCUUCCGGCGGUGGCGGUGGUAGGUGGCAAGAGUUUUCAUUUAAUCAGAACCGGCAAGGGAGCAGUGGAGGCAGAGGAGGCUAUACUAUUAGUGGUAGGGCAUCGGCUCCAGGGCUCGCUAGCAGUGGUUUCUCUCGGGAUCGGCAAGCUCGUUUGGGUCGGGCUUACCACACAGGCUCUGGUGCUAGGGGUGGCCAGUCUGAUGGCUCAGCAAGAAUGGUUAAUCUGAACAGAGGGGUUCGAACUUAGGUUUAGUGUAGCCGAUUUCCAUCUCUCAUAAUUUAAAUUUUGGUCCUUUUUUCUCGAUAAAUCGACAACUGUUUUACAGUGCCUUGCACUAUUUGCUGUCUUGUUCUUGCUCAUAUCAAAUUUUGCUAUCUAAUUGUUUAAGGAUACGUGUCUUUGUAAUAGAUGCUGUUGAACUUGCUACUUUGGCUUAUGUUUUACCGAGUAAGUUUAUAUGAUUACAACUUUUUAUUAA